AUGAAAAAUCAUGAGCUUCGACCUACUGGAUAUACAUCAUUUCUUGAAGUGAAUGAGGUGUACGCCCACCAUGCUAGGCGUGGAAAGGAUCGUGGACGUGGAUACAGACGUGAUCAUAGCUAUGAUUAUGGUCAAGAAAGAAAUCGUGUGUCUGGUGUUAGUCAUCCAUCAAAGAAAUGGAUCCAUCAAAAGAAACAAGGAAAGAAUGAGAAACGUGAAACAGUUAAAGCAUGCAUUUGUUUUCGAUGUGGUGCAAAAAGAUACUAUGCACGCGACUGCCGUACUUCCAAACACAUGGUUGAUCUUUAUCAAGCAUCACAAAAGAAGAAAGAGAAAAAUCUUGAAGCUAAUUUUGUCUCUGAAAAUCAUGUUGGCACCGCUCACUUAGAUGUAGCAGAUUUUUUCGAGCACACUGAAGGAAAGAUAGAUCACCUGAUUGGUGAUGGUUCUGUGGCUAUGGAAGAGUGA